GACGCCAUGGCAUAUCUACUACGUAUUUGUCCAACUUUCAUGUCUCUUAAUGGACUCCGACUUUAAGAUUUCACUCCUGAACGGUUUUUUGACAAAUACAUUUGCUUAUAAAGGGUUUUCAAAACUGCAGAAAUUUUGAAGACACGAAAAUGUCCGGUUCAAAGGAAAAUCUUCUUCAAAACAGUCACUUAUCGACAAGUAAGGAAUCUCUCGAUGGACACUACAAUGGUACAAACUCGCACCAAACGAAACCAGUAAAACAAGGCAAAACUCAAGGAAUGGAGAACAAAGGGUUUGAGGAUGAUCACAGAGGGCUGGAGCCUAGUUUUUCGAACGAAAUAUACUUUUCUCACGAGCCGGCUCAUAGUUAUCAAAAAAGAGCAACAUCAUUACAGCAGCGGCCGAUGGCUCCCCUGCCUUCGAAGGAGCCUCGCCGACACAGCUCUCCGGAUCACAGUGACCAUCUUCGCCAAGACAGAAGUAGAACAAGGCAUGGUGGUGGUAGACGGCGACUUUCGAGUAACAUUGAAGAAGAUUUAAGAAGAAAAGCUUGUCUUAAUAGUAUGAAAAGAUAUCAGAGCGCAAAUCCCCUUCCAACUAGUGGGCAAGAGGCCGAAUAUUCUUAUUGUUACUCUACUACACAAGACAAGGGAAGGCAAUCAGGAGAUAAGAUACAAAACUUAGACGAAGAAAGAAGAUUGGAAAGACCUUCGAUGCAUCAUGAUACGAGAAAAGAAAGAGAAGCUCCUCUUCGAUUUGGCUCGUCGCACCAACAGGAUAAUGAGGUCCAAAAUAUGCAGCAAACAAUCAUAACCUUGGAGAGGAAUCAACUAGAGCAGUACAAGAAAAGGCUUACUUUAGCUCUUAGCGAAAGAGCAAAACUCGCCGGAGAACUCCAGAUGCUGAGUCAAAGUUUAACUGCAAGAGAAAUGGAAAGUGAUCGACAUUCGAGCGAAUCCAUCUCUUUAGGGUYGAGUCUUGGACGUAGUCCUUCAUCAGCGAGAAGCUCAAGGCUUUCUCACAGCUUGGGAGAUCUAAGAAUUCCUGAGAUGUACGGUGAUUAUGGUGAUAUAAGUGUUGAUUAUGAAGACAGUUUACGCCUUCCUCCCGUACCCGGCUCCGCCAAGUCCAGUAGACAAAAAAUGGAAAUUCCAGAACUGGAUCUGAGGAGUUUGAAUUCCUCAUUUGAAAGAAUUUCUUCAGAUCAUAUAGAAAAUCUUCCCAAAGGAAAAGGGUUUGAAAAGAAUAAAGACCCUCUUUCCGUUGAGGAAGGUAAUGAAGGCAACAAUAAAAAUCAAGUAGUAAAAGAAGAUUUAAAAAAGAUGGUGGAUGAUAUCUGGCAAGAUAAUUUGAAAGGAGACGUGUUGGCGGAGGAGAGAAGGAAAGUAAAGACGGAAGAUAAAAUCCUAGAUGAAAAUACCAGGGAUUCUGAUAUAAAUAACAAUGAAAAAGCUACGAAAAAACRUCUGACUGUAGAGGACUUCUUAUCUAACGAAGACUCAAAGGAACGACCCAGUGAUGAAAAAGAGAAAAUCCAAGAGAAAAAGUUGAAUGUUUUACUUGGUAAUGAAGAUAUGAAUGACGAAUCGAGCGGAAUAUCCCCUGAGCUAUACGAACCUGUUGAAUGCCUUUAUAGACCUCAGUUAACGCAAGCGAAUGAUAAGGAACAACAGCACAAAAACCAAAUAAACCACGACCAUGACGAAGGACUGCUACGGCACAAAGUCGAUAACGAAAAGAGCGGUCAAAAUGAAGGUAAUUUAGAGGACUAUUUUACAGCUUCUACUUUACCUGUCGGUAAAAAGGAGAAUAGAAAAGAAGACGGUGAUGAUGUACAUGGGAGAAAAGCAGAGACGAACGCAAAGUCCUUGCGCGAGGAACCGACUUUAAAUGAGAACCAACUACCAGCACGCAUGACAAGAAUCGGGAGAAACGAUAGGCGGUUUAACUACAUGAUACCUCCUGGAGCAAGAACUAAUGUUGCUACGAAUUCUGGGAACAAAAAUAAUUAUUUAGGAAAAAAAGAAACAGAGAAAGCGAUAGAAAGAGAAGUACAAAGGGUCCCCUCCAACAUUUCUGACAAGCUACGAUAUUAUAGAGAAAAAUUAUCCAAUCCCGUGGAAGAAGAGUCGUCACGUGACUUAGCGGACGCGUAUGCACAUGAAAAGGACCCGGAAAAAAGGCGGGAAAUCCAACAACAAGCUGCGAGUGAAGCGGCCAUUUUGAGAAGAGAAGCCUCGGCUUUACUUUUUGAAGCAAYGAACUUGGAAAGAAUUUGUGACCCGAAUGGACGAGUUAGACACGUGUAUUUACCACAAUAGAUUGCAUUUUUGUCUAAAUUGUUAAAAUAAAUCCAAGAACUGUUUUUGUAAGGUGAUGUCUAUAAAGUAAAAGGAUAAAUGAACGCAUUGAUGACAUCAAUUUUGAUGAAAUUUAUGAAUUUUUUGAAAAGAAAAAAGUUUGUUAAUCGACGUUACGUGAUUAUGUAAUGUAACCUAUGAGGUCUUAUGACUUACUGUAACUGGUAAUUCCAGUAAUAAGAAAAUCUAAAAUAUCAAGAGAAAAUUAACUAAGAGAAGGAAUUCCCGCUCCAUAUAUAUCAAACACUCUUUGAUGCUAUUUUUAGUUGAAAUCAUUGAUUCUAUUUUUAGGAACAUAUGCAAAAAAUAGCAUCAGACGGUGGUUACAAACACGAAUACCAGAGAUUCCUUCUCUUGGUUCAUUUUCUCUUGUGUAUAUUCAAUAUAUUUAA